UUUUCUAUUCCAUUCCUAUUUGUUUCUACUUGGAAAGUAAUGCCAAAACUUUGCCAUCUUCCGUUCCUCAAAAAUAGAACAUAAUUGUCCAACACUGGUUCGAAGUCCGCCUAGGCGCAAGCGCAGCCAAGUUAAAGCUGCAAAAAUUUCAACUUAGUUUUAACAACUAUUUUUUGAAAACUCACGAUGUCUAGCAAUUUUAGUCUGCGGUCGAAGGUGUUGCUACAGCCUGUGGUGCUUUUCCAAAUUAUUGACGCCUACGAACGCCGACCAAAGGAUGCCAAUCAGGUAAUGGGAACUUUGCUGGGCCGCAACUACGGCAAAGAUGGGCACAUUGAGAUCACAAAUUGCUUUACUGUGCUCCACAAGGAAUAUCCAGACAUUCGCCGCAUCGACCUGGAUCUUUCAUACGCUGCCGAUGUCUUGGAGCUAAAUAUUCAGACCUAUCCGCACGAGCGGGUGGUGGGAUGGUUUUCCACUGGGAAAUCGGUGUCCCGCUCCGCGACCCUGCUGCACGACUAUUAUUCCAGGGAAUGCAGCGAGGGACAACCAUUGCACUUGCUGGUGGAUGCAUCUCUAAAGAACCAUCGACUUUUGACUCGAUUGCACUGCGCCGUCGAGAUCGGGGUACCUGGCGGCACCAAAGGCCUUAUGUUCUCGAUGUUGCCGCUGGAGAUAGCCAGUGGAAACUCCGAAAUGGUGGCACUGCGUUUGAUGGAAAAGCAAUCAGUUCAGCCGAUUGCCAAGCAAAUGGGGCGCAUCCUGCCAGAGCUGGUUCAAGUUGUGGAUGCCACUAGGGACAUGCAACAGCGUCUAGACUUGGUGCUGCGCUACAUCAACGAUGUCUUAGCGAGGAAGAGAAAACCAGACAACGUGGUCGGUCGGUCCCUUCACGAUGCCCUCACCGCGGUGCCGCUCGUAGAUUCCGAGAACUUUUGCCUGAUGUUCAAUGCUAACUUGCGAGAUAUGCUCAUGGCAAUUACGCUCUCCAUGAUGAUGAAGACCCAGCUGCAGAUCAGUGAGAAGCUGUCCAGCAUGCUUGAUCAGUAAUAUCAGCGAGCAACAGGGCUUACUGUUGAUUAAUAAAGAACUACUUAUACGGGGAACUCCCGGCUUCGUAUGUAAUGUAAUUUUAACCCCUUUUAAUAUUCAUUACAUUGUUAUAGAGAAAAUUUAUAUGUAUGUAUAUACGAAUAAAGGGCAGUUUCUU